CGCAUGCUCGGGAGGAGAGCCUUGGGUUGAAGUGGGUCUUUGAUCUGCAGACGCUCAGGUGAUGGCUUCCGAUGAAGUCGGUCUCAGUGUUGGAGACCGGCUGGACUGAUCAGUGGAGCCGCGAAGAGUCUGCCUUGACCGUGGGACGUAACACAGAUACUGCGGGCAGUGUUUGAAGAUGGCCCUGAACUAUGUGUCCCUGUCUGCCGGCGAUCGAAGAGGCCUGGUGGCCUACCGCUCUUCCCACGGCGACCUCAGCUCGUCGGCCUUAGCGUUGGCGAUGGUCUCUGGGGACAGCUUCCUCGUUACCAGUCCCGAGGAGAUUCUUCCAGAACCUAUUCUUCGGUCCACUGUGCGGCUGAGCUUCCGGACCGAGAGCCGUCGGGCGCCUGGUGGCGGAGGGAGCACGAUCCGCUUUACAGAGGGAAGGGAGCAGGAGGCGCGGAGCCGAAGCCGCCAAGCCAGAUUCUCACCUUACCCGGGCCGUGGGGUUAAACUCGACUUCCUAAGAAGUGUCCUGCAACAGCGUCUGGUGGCACUCGGAGGUGUUAGCGCAGCCCGUCUUUCAGCUUAAAAUGAAUACCUCUUCUCCGCCCCUCAGCUUGUGAACAAGGCUUCUCUAAAAUACACUUUUGGUGCAACCGAAGUCUUAUUUUUAGAGGACGUCUUUUCAGUUUAAUAUAAAAAUGCGUGGUAGUCCUGUUACUCUAGCCUAGCGCAAAGUAAAAUGUUUACAGUUACUUGAUUCAGAUGGUUUUAAACAGCCAUGAUGAUGAGAUCGGAAGGGAGGAGCAGCAGAGAUUUUUUUUGAGGUAGUCACAAAGGAUGGGAUCAUCCUUCCCAGAGCACGUGGCAUGUGGGAUCUUAGUGCCCCGGACUGGGAUCGAGCCCUCGCCCCCUACAGUGAGAGUACGGGAUCUUAACCACUGGGCCGCCAGGGAAGUCCCGAUGCUCCAUAAUUUUAAAUCUGAGCCGAUGGAUGUCUAAAUUCUCCUUGUUCUUAACAUCUGCACUGGUGUCCAAGUUACAGCAUCUGCCUAGAGUCACAAAGACUAUUGUGGAAGCAAGGACCAACAUAAACCUCUUUAAAUGAAACAACUAAGUUUUCCCAAGAGUAGUCCAUGUUAUUAAAAAUCCAUGUUAGUGUACAAAAUUACUUUUAAUUUAAUAUCACUGCUUAAGUAUAGCAUGUUGUCAUUCUAAAAUAGAUGAAUUUUCUAAGACAAAAAAUAGUCCCCCAAAUUAAUACUUCCAUAAGUUUUUAAAAAGCCAUGGUAACUUCCUUUUUGUUCUAAUUGGCCAUUUUUUUUAUAUCAUACUAAGCAACUGACUAGUAUGUGUCAAAGGGAAGUCCUAUUAGUAUAUUUACUUCCUCUAUUCAUCAGCUCUAAAACUCUUAAAAAGAAUGCCCAUUUGGGGUAUAGAAAAAAAGGAGGCCAAGGAGAUUUUCCCUUAAUAGCCAGAUUUGGUGCUAAGCCUAAUUGUAAGAGGGGUAACUCAGCAGGAAGAAAAGAAAGAAAAGGAGGAAAGUCCUAUGGGAGGGAAGAGUAGGUAGACUUAAUGGUGAGGCUCAACUGUAUUUCGAACAAAAUUGUGUCGUUUAUUCCUUUGAUGAACCUGUCUAGAUCCCACUUAGGUGCAGCUUUUGUCUUCCUAAUUUCCAUGAAAAGUACUCUCAUUUUCCUAGCCAACCAAAUGUGUAAGUUUGAGUAUCUACAACUUCAUACCACUAUUUCCUAUCUUUAUCGCCUGUGUCAAUUCGAUUGCAAAGUCCUGCUCAUUUUAUCUUCACCAAUGUAUUUAUGUUAUGUUUCCGUAUAUACUUUCAUCACCUGGACCGUAUUUACCUGGACAUCUAUCCCGUUUUGUUUGCUUCUGUCUCUCUGCAUCCUAAAUAUAUAUAGCUCCAGAUCAAUAAGCCCAAAGCAUCUCUCUCUGAUCGCAUAGUUAAACUAUAACUUUACAGUACCAUAAACUCUUCCAGUGUUUCCCAUAGUAUAUUCCAUAGAACCUCUACUAGAAAUACAAGAUACUCUUUGGAAAAAAGACGAGGUCGAUAAAAUUGACAAAUGCAUGUUUUAUCACCUUCUUAGGGUGCCAUAAUGUGUAAUAACAUGUUAAAGGGUCUGAUAAUUCCUUUAGAAAAGGAAACCUGUGUAACUUCAUUUUAACCAAUGAUUCACAAAUGUAUUUGUCCAUAAAUUAAAAAGUUUUGCAUACUGCCUAUCUUCCUGAGGAGCCUCAGUUCUACAGAAACAAUUAGAAAUGCUGCGUGCCUAAGAAGCUCCAUUGGCUCCCCACGUCAGGUAUUAGAAAUGGAUUUUUAUAUGGUGUGGCAGAAUUUAAUAAGUUUCCAGAAUGUUAUGAGUUAUGCAAGUGGGUUGGUUUCCUCACUCACGAUUUGACAAAGUUCAACCCCAUCUUUAUUCCACAUGGUUUCUGGUACCUGUCUAUGUCCUUGGCGAUUAGGUGGGAGGAUGGAGGCAAGCGUGCAGCUGCAGAUUCCCAGCCACUGAGGAUCAAGGCUGGCUUUGUUACUAAGGAAAGGCGUUAGGAACUUCCCCUGAUGAAUACGGGUAGGUGCAGUUAUUAAGUAUGCUAAUAGUGUAAUGUUAAAAAAAUAAUUGUUUACUUGGCUUUUAUUUCACUGGAAUAUCUGAAGGCAGCCCUACUUCAAAAUACACUUCUUCUGAAUCAGAGGGGAAAAAUAAUUGUCUUCAUCUUCCCAGAGACCUGAAAGUAACUGAAGCAGUGCAGCUUUAAAAACUGCACACUCUAUAAACAGACUUUUAAGACUUUCCAUAAUCUGACCAAGCUAUAUUGCCAGCCUUCUUUCAUGUUCUUAAUUCCCCCGGGUGACUGCUGCUCUUUUCUGCCUCUGUGUCUAUGCCUAUCCUAGACCUUUUAACUAAGUUGCUUGUCCUUCUCAUUUUCUGCCAGUUAAAUUUUUAUCCAUCCAGAUUGGUUAAAGUUUUUACUGUUGCAAAAAAUGGACUGUAUUGACUCACAGAACUGGUAAAGUGUGGUGACUUCUGAUAUUCUGUCUACCCAACAACUAGUUAUCCUUCAUCUGUAGGAGCACCUUGGUUUUUCCUUUCCUUGGAAACUUCUGCCUCAUCCUCUGUUCAUGUAUUUGGGGUGAGGCUUCACACCUAACUCCAGGGAUAGAGGUAUAAUCUAUUUCUUACCUCCCCUACUACAUUGUCUGAGGGCAGACAACUUGCCUAAAUUUAUCUUUGUAUUUAUUCGUACCUAUUAAGUGCCCAAAGAGUAGAUAUUUCAUAAAUGCCUGUUAAAUGAAUGAAUGAACUUCACAGAUAGGCUAUUUCUCCUUGGAAUCAAAAUCGCAAAAUGGAACAUUCCAGGAAGGCAAGUGCAGGAAUAAGAGUAAUUGUGAUAAGAUAAAAUAAGCUUUCUUCAAUUAAAAAAAAAAGCCAUGCCUUUGUAGCUUACCUGGUUUUAUCUUGUUAGACUGAGAACUACACUCUUUUCACUUUCUGUAUUUUAAUUGGAGGCCAAAUGUGAAUAUUAUUCUGACCUAUAACUAUACCAUUUAUUUAACCAUUCUCCAAGAGCUGAGUAUUUAGUAUUGUUCUAAUUUUUCACUAUAUUAAAUAAACACCUCAGUUUAUAAGUAAAAAAGUAAUAAGUUUUGUUUAAAAGUGUGCUUUGAUUUGAAAUCAACCUGCCUCUAGGAACAUAACCUAAUACAAGAUGUGGACAAAUAUUUAUGCACAUAAAUAUUUAAUGUAUUAAUUUUUUCCCUACCUAUAAUUUUUUUAAUUAAUUAAUUUUAAAAUUUAUUUAUUUUUGGCUGCGUUGGGUCUUUGUUGCUGCGUGUGGGCUUUCUCUAGUUGCUACGAACAGGGGACUACUCUUCGUUGCCAUGCGGGCUUCUCAUUGCAGUGGCUUCUAUUGUUGUGGAGCACAGGUUCUAGGCGCAUGGGCUCAGUAGUUGUGGCUCGCGGGCUCUCGAGCACAGGCUCAGUAGUUGUGGCACACGGGCUUAGUUGCUCCGUGGCAUGUGGGAUCUUCCUGGACCAGGGCUCGAACCCAUGUCCCCCUGCACUGGCAGGCAGAUUCUUAACCACUGCACCACCAGGGAAGCCCCCCUACCUAUAAUUUUUAAAAUAGGGAAACGAUGUGUCCAAAAUAGAUGACAGGUAAAGGAAAAAAAAGAAAAAAAAAAGAGUGCUUACUACAUGCCAGGUCGCUACUGAUUAUUUCCACAAGGAUUAUUUUAUUUAAUCCUCACAGUCAUUCUAUGACAGGGAUUGGCAAACUUUCUAUAAAAAGCCAGGUAGUAAAUAUUUUAGACUUUGUAAUCCAAGAGACAAAAUUGAGGCUAUUAUGUAGGUAUUUAUGUAACAAGAAAAAUUUCUGGAAAAUUUGUAUUGAUGAAUUUCAAAAUAUAAUAAUUGAUACAAUUUUUUGUAAUGCUAAUGUAACCGGGGAGGACCCUAUGGGGCCUUCCCAGGACAGACUCCUCCCCCAUAUCCUCUGCUUUAGAUCCUCUCUGAAGUACCUAGAUAAUAGUAACUGAUGCAUACUUCCUGAGUUGUUUUACAGAUGCUAAAACCACCAACAAAUGGAAGAAAUUAACUACUUGAUGAUCCUGAGCCCCAGACCUACUGGAACCUAAGGAUUGGUAACGUUAACCCCUGUGACACAGCCCUGUUACCACAUCAUAAACCAAUCAGAGCAUUGUGCACGAGCUGACCACAUACCCUGUGACCACCGCCCCCCUCACCUGGCCUUUAAAAAUGCUUUGCUGAAACCCUUUGGGGAGUUUGGGGUUUUGGAGCUCAAGCCACCAUCCUGCUUGUAUUAGCGCAUUUACGAUAAACGCUGCACUUUCCUUCACCACAAUCCAGCGUCAGUAGAUUGGCUUUACUGCGCACAGGCGAGUGGACCCAAGUUUGGUUCAGUAACACUAAUACUGUUAAGGAGAAGAUGGAAUUCUUUUUGCUUAACUGGAAUUCAAAGUUGGUAUUCCCUAUCAUCAAAAUCAAUAGCAAAUGCUCAUCUGAAAGUGCUGAUUUUUAAUGAAGUUUAUGUAUUUUAUCUUUGAAAAUAUCUUUGAAAUUUUCUUUUCAUGGGUACUGCCAAACACUGAUAUCGGUCCAUGAACAUAUGGUUUUAAUUGAGCAUAUUCAUUGCUUGGAAGGCAUUUAUACAAUUCUAUUAAAUUCUGAUCUUUGCCUUUAAGCAUGUCAUUACAUUGUAGAUUAAUUGCUUUCAAUUGAAGUUUAGGUGGAAGCUCCUCAACUGCACAGUUAAAUGGAUUUUGAAAUACGGGCAUUUUCUUUGCACUUAGAUCUAGGUCCCGAAAGACUGUUGAACAGUAGUCUGAACUCAGAAAAUAUAUCUACUGCAAAUUUGUUUGGAUAUGGAGAUCUUACUUCUUAACUUAUUAACAGCAUAGUAAAGUAUAUAAACCAGCUUGAGAUUGCAUGUGAUUCAAACAAGGUUAGUUGUUGAAAUGAGUCUACCACAGUAUAGGUAUGGUGUAGAAAUGCUGUUUGGCUUUACAGCUUUACGUUUAAUUCAUUGAGAAACAUUAUCAAGCCUGUAGCAAAAGCUAAUUUCCAAAGCCAUUUACAGUUCAAUAACAGUGGUCUAGGGCAGUUCUUCUAACCACUUAAAAAUGUACAAUCCAUUCUUAGCUGGAAGGUUCUAUAAAAAUUGGCAAAGGGCUGGGUUUGAUCUUUGAGCCUUAGUUUGCAGAGAAUUUUAGUAACUGCCCAAGGGCACAAAACUGUUUAGUGGUAGAGUGGAGAUUCAAGUUUGACCAGGCAGCCUGGCCUCAGAGCCCAUACUCUUGGUGACUAUGCUAUACUACUUGUGCUAAGGUAGCCAGCUAGCAGCUGGUGGCCAAAUCCAGAGGGAAGUUUUCUUUAGCUAGCAGUUUGGGCGUUUUUUCCCCUUUAAAAUAUGCAAUAAUACGUACAAGACAGUGUAAGUAAAAUGCAACCAAUACCCAUGUGAAUGAAAAACGUUGCCUAUCAUAUCAGUAAACGAAGGGUGUUACGGCCAUCAGGUCACUGCAGCCACACUGAACAGUGAGCCCUAAGGGAACUCAGCGUGGAGACAACCCAGCUGCCUACUGCCAAGUUUUUAGCCAUUGCAGCCCCCUAACGGUGCACCCAGAGGAGCCUCAGGAUGGGAAAGCACGGGAUACUGGCCCUAGAUAGCCAAGGUGCAUAUCAAAGGAAUGUUUUCAGUGAGCCCAGACUCUUACAUCUUCCCAUACAUAGAAAAGUGCUAAAUUCACUAACUUGAGAUAUCUGGUUUUCUUUAAUUAACAAUAAUCUUUUGAUGUUCUGACUACCUGGUCUUUAUUGCAAAACUCCUAUGUAUCCUUGCUCCUCCCUUACCUCUUCAGAGCAGUCCCUCAGAGCUAUCUAUCUGAGAGGCUGCCUCUGGGGCUUGAAGUCCUCAGAAAGUCUGCCAAAUGAAACAAUUCUCAACUUUUAGGAUGUGCAUUUUUUUCAGUCAACACCUGGGUGCUUACUACCCAACUUUAAAUAUUACCCCGCUCUUAAAAAUCUCUUCUGUUUAUCUCGCUUUGAUAACCUUGUGCUCACAUCACUUCCUCCCACCUGACAUAAUCACUGUCCUGAAUUUGGCGUUUUGCAUUCCCUGCUUUACUUUUUAGAACUACUUUCAUUACAUGUGCAUGUCUAGCGUAUCUCUAAGUGUAACACAGAAUUGUUUUACCUGUUUUAAAACAAUAUAAAUGGUAUUAUACUGUACAUAUUCUUCUGUGGCUUGCUUAUUUUCUCCACUUGAUUUUGCUGUCAUAUAUUUAAAAAUAAAACUAAAUUUGAAUACCUUUGGUGGGAUAUAUGUUUUCAAUUACCCCCUAUGUCUUAUACCCUUACAUUUCACAUAUUUUAGUUACCUACCUGGCCCCUUACACCAUUUGAGCUUGCAACCUCUGACUUAAGAUGGCAUUCCAUUUAUCCGUUCAAAUAUGAAGUUUUAGAUAACAUAGGAAUUUAUUUGUGUAAUGACAUUUAUGUUAUAUAUGACAAAAGCUGGAUGUAAAAUUGUAAAUAUGAUAUGCUCUAACCUAUAUAAACAAAAUAUAUAGAGAAAAGACUAAGAAUAGUUGUGCCAAAAUGUGAUUUUUGGGUGAUGACAUUUUGUAUAAUA